AUUUCCUUCCUCCCGGAGCACCACUCCUCUCCUCCUGAUAACUUCAUCUGUUUGCAUCUUGGGCUGUUCCUUUCUUUCAUCUGUAAGUUAGCAACUGCAGAAAAAUGCUAAAUAGGCCCCCGCACUGAGGCUAUUUAUCAAGAACCAGGUGAGAAAGAGAUUGUGCUGUUAUCCAGUUGUCAUAGUUGAUUUCACUCUACAAAUCUUCAGGAUUUCUACGGGAGUGAAAGUGUCAGUUGUGAUAAUGACAACUGAAGUUGGUUCAGAGACCGAAGUAAAGAAAGAUUCUGAGCAGCUGGGACCAGACAAAGCCAAGGACAAGGCUGAAGAAGCAUCAGAGACUCCGGGAGAUCAAAGGUCCAGGGAAACAUCCUCUGGAGAAGCUCAAGAUUCAUCUGUCCCAGCACCAGCUAGCCAAAGUAGUCCAAGUAGCCAGAAGAAGGAAAAAUCUUCACCUGAAAGCAAGGGCAUUUCUCGUUUCCUUCCCCCUUGGCUUAAGAAACAAAAGUCAUACACCUUGGCAGAGCCCAAAGAUGAGCCCAAGAAAAGGGCCACAGGGGAAGAGCAAGUAGUUGAAGAAAGUGAAGGCCAGGCACUGGAGGGUGUGGCUCAGCCAAGAAAGAGCUUGGAAGCAGCAGCUGAAAACCGGGGGAAUGCUAAAGCAGAUGACAAACACUCCGUUAGUAGUGCUGAAAUACAGCCUUCCAAAGAAGAUGGUAAAGAAACCGAAGUAGAGGAUGUUGCAGAGAAAAAGGAAGAAAAACAAGAAGAAAAAGAAAAUAGGGAGACAAAAGAAGUGCAGACAGCUGAAAUUAAAAUAGAUAACAUUCCUCAGAAGUCUCCAAAGAAAAUCAAAACUGUGCAGUGUAAGGUGAUGCUUCUGGAUGGCACGGAAUACAGCUGUGACCUAGAGAAAAGAGCAAAAGGACAAGUGCUGUUUGAUAAAGUAUGUGAACACCUCAAUUUACUGGAAAAGGACUAUUUUGGGCUGUUGUUUUAUGAGAAUUCAGAACAGAAGAACUGGCUAGAUUCUUCGAAGGAAAUUAAGAGACAAAUUCGAAGUUUACCUUGGAUAUUCACCUUUAAUGUGAAGUUUUAUCCUCCUGAUCCAUCACAGUUGAUUGAAGACAUCACUAGGUAUUUCUUGUGCCUACAGCUUCGCCAGGACAUUGCAUCUGGCCGACUGCCGUGCUCCUUUGUGACCCACGCCCUCCUUGGUUCAUACACCCUGCAGGCUGAGCUGGGUGAUCAUGACCCAGAGGAGCACCGAAGUGAUUAUAUCAGUGAAUUCCAGUUUGCCCCCAAUCAGACUCCAGAAAUGGAAGAGAAAGUGGCUGAGCUACACAAGACACACAGGGGCUUGACUCCAGCACAGGCGGAUUCCCAGUUCCUAGAAAAUGCUAAGAGACUCUCCAUGUAUGGAGUGGAUUUACAUCAUGCCAAGGAUUCUGAAGGUGUGGAUAUCAUGCUGGGUGUAUGUGCUAAUGGUCUGCUGAUUUACAAAGACAGACUCCGGAUCAACCGCUUCGCUUGGCCAAAAAUUCUGAAGAUUUCCUACAAGCGAAGUAAUUUCUACAUCAAAGUCAGGCCAGCAGAACUGGAACAGUUUGAGAGCACUAUUGGGUUCAAACUGCCAAACCAUCGGGCUGCUAAAAGGUUAUGGAAGGUUUGUGUGGAGCACCAUACUUUCUUCAGACUUGUAUCACCGGAGCAGCCUCCAAAAGCGAAGUUCCUGACCUUGGGUUCCAAGUUCCGCUACAGUGGCCGUACGCAGGCACAGACACGACAGGCCAGCAACCUCAUAGACAGACCAGCUCCGUACUUCGAACGCACGUCCAGCAAACGUGUUUCCAGAAGCCUGGAUGGAGCUCCCAUGGGUAUUUCAGACCAAAGUCUUCUAAGAGACUUCUCUGCUACUGGAGGGCAGGCUGCUGCAGAUAAAAUCAUUGAUCUUGAAGGUGCUGGUCAGGCCAAGUUGAAAGAAGGUGGCAGAGAAGAAGAUGAAAGUCCACUCAAAACUCCACAAUUAGAAUUGACUCAGGAUGGAAAGAUCAAUUCCUUGAGAGUAGACGGGGAAAAUAUUUAUGUCAGACAUAGCAAUUUAAUGUUGGAGGACCUGGAUAAGACCCAGGACGACUUACUGAAACACCAGGCUAGCAUUAGUGAGCUCAAGCGCAAUUUCAUGGAAUCCACACCCGAACCACGCCCAAAUGAGUGGGAAAAGCGGCGUAUCACACCUCUGUCCCUACAGACACAAGGGAAAAAAGGAGACCACAUUUUCCAAGUGAAAACACUGCCUGGGAAGGAGAAACAAUGGAUUCAGCCAUGGAUUGCUGGAGCAAAACCAGAGGAAACCAAUAAGAGACAUGCUUCCAGAGCAGAAGGGCCUUGUACUGGAGUCAGCGAUGCUGAUAAGAGUUCACAUGAGACUCUGGACAUAGUGGAGGAGAAGAAGCAGGCAGAGUUUGGGAUAGAAGAAACACUAGUCGUAGACGAAACCAACAAAGGGAAAAUGCAAGUUGCCACUGAUGCUGGGGAGACAUGUAAGGUGGAGCACGUGUCAAAAAAGGACUCUUCAUCAUUGCCAUCAGAUAGUAGCAGCAGCAGCAGUAGUAGUGAGAGUGAGGAUGAAGAGGUGGGAGAAUACCUGCCACAUCAUAGGGCAAUUGAGGAAGUCAUCAGGGAAGAACAGGAAGAAGAGGAAGACGUGAAAAGGAAAGAACACGAAGAAAAUACGCAGCAUGUGGAAGCCACACCAGAAGGCAGUAAACUAAAUGUACCAGUUGAGCACACACAAGUUACAGCUGAAGAUUUGGUCCAGGAAAAUACAGUUACUGUAGCUACAGAAGAGAAGAAUUUGUCAGAGCAAAUUAAGCAAGAUUUAGGUGAAGAAAAGGAGGAGGAACAGCUGAAACUCAAUGGAGAUGUGUCUCAUGUUGACAUUGAUGUUGCACCACAAUUAAUUUGUUGUUCUGAGCCUCCAGUAGUGAAAACUGAGAUGGUAACCAUUUCAGAUGCCGCACAGAGAACUGAAAUCUCCACUAAAGAAAUUCCAAUUGUUCAAACAGAAACUAAAACUAUCACAUAUGAAUCUUCACAGCUUGAUGGCAAUGCUCUUGGUGAUACCGGCGUGCUGGUGAGUGCACAGACAAUUACAUCAGAGUCCAUUUCUACUACCACAACUACACACAUCACAAAGAUGGUAAAAGGUGGAGUAUCAGAAACAAGAAUUGAGAAGCGCAUUGUCAUUACUGGAGAUGCAGAUAUUGACCAUGAUGAGGCCCUGGCACAGGCAAUCAAAGAAGCCAAAGAACAGCACCCUGACAUGUCUGUGACAAGAGUGGUGGUGCACAAAGAAACUGAACUUGCUGAGGAAGAUGAAGACUAAAAUCAAAAAUGCCCUCAAGCAAAUACUUCAGACAUAAAAAUGUCACUGACCACGAAGAACUGUAGUCAUUCCAAGUCAUCAUGACUCCACUGAAUCCACCAGGCCUAGCAACGAUGACCAGAUGUUCACAACUUAAAUGCCAAUACCAAACUCCAUUUUAACAUCUUUGGUCUAUAUUCCCUUACAGUCUUUCUUGUUUAUUUUUAUAACCACUUCUUAACAAUCUUAGAGUUUGUUUUUUUUUAAAUGAAGUUCUAGAGGAUAUGAUCUUCUUUUGCACAAAUACUUGUAUUUUUGAAACUGAUUCUUAAUUAUAUGAAAGUGAACAAAAGUCUGCAAAUCAUUGUUCACUGGAGCCAGGGAGUAAUUGUGCAGGAAGGAGGAUCUUUACUAAUUUAGAUAUAGAUUUUUUCAGAUAUUUCAAGUGAAAUCUCUUACUGGAGUAAUUUACAGAAUUUUUUUCAGAUUAUUCAGGUAAAUAUAUGAUAUCACAUAAAGAAGUUUUUUAUAAAAAUAAAACAUUUGCUAAAAUUUGAAAAAUAUAUUUCUUUGGAUAAAUUUUAUACUGGUAUCUCUGUAACUCUUUCUUUUCCAAGGUUCUCAUCUCUGCGGAGCAGAGAUGGUGUUGCAGUCUGUAGAGGAGAAGGAGUUGCAGACAGGUCUCUUCUGACUGAGCACUGUGUUCUUUUUGCACUUUGGUGCCAAUGCUCAACUUUUUGCAGACUUUUUGCUGUCUGCAGCAUUCCAGCUAAGGAAAGAAGGAAGAACAAAGUAUCUUUCUCUUUUUCCAACAAGAGAUGAUCUAGGCAGCUUAAAACCGUAGUGCUUUUUUUUCUUACUGUGUCCCAAUUUCAAUACUUCCAUUAUUUGGAUACAUGUGUAGAAUGCUCGCUUGCUAUUAAACCUCACUGUGUCUCCAUGUUAGAACUGACAUUUCUGUUACAGAGAAGGUAUAUGUUUCACAAGCUUCCUCUAAUGGCUAAUGCAGGUUUUUAGGCUACUGAAUAAAAGGUGUAAGAUGGACUCUACUCAUAAAGUAAUAAGAGAGCACCAUCAGUUGAGACUGCCAUGGCAAAAACCUGUUAAUUAUAUUGGGGUUUAUUUUUAAUUUGUUCUUGCAGGGGGGUUUUUUGGUUUUUGUUUGGUUUUUUUUUUUUUUUCUGUUGACUCUGUGUAUAGUUAAAAUGCCAAAUUAGAUAUAUAGUAGCUUAAAGUUGUAUUAAGUGAUAUUUUGCUUUCUGUAAUUCUGUUAUAAAAUAAAGUUGUUUAUUCUCUGUAUUACUUUUGGCACUCAGACAUAAGCUUGGAGGAUAUUUGAAGUGAGCAGAUUACUUCUGAGGACUGCAAUUCUACAGGUCACAGAACCUUAAAAAACAGGAAUUAGUGCAAGUGCUCUGCAGGGCUGACAGAAGGGUGGCACGAUUGCCUGGUACUUAAGUACCAGUGUUUUUUAAACAUCUUCCAAUAAACAUCCUGAUUUCUGUAGUUUAGGGAAGAAAUCUUCAGCUGCCAAAACAGAGGAGAUUUGUACAUCACAGUGGAAGUUGAAAUGCCCCUCAGUCUGCAAGUGGUUCUACUGAGUUCAUUGAGAUAGGAUCUACUGUGGUUUUCAGAUAACAAAACAAAUCGUAAAACUUCUCACUACAUUCUUCUUCACUUCUGAGCAAUGUAUUUUUGGUGCUAUUCUCAGUUUAGACGGCUGCCAUCUGUCAGCACGCUUGUGUAACAGAAGUUCUCCUUAGCUCUGGCUCUGCGUAGUUUGGAUAACAUAUGACAACAGUAACAGAGAUGUUAAUUUCUAUACAUUCUCAACUGCAUCCACAUUGCCUGGAGAAUUAGCAGAUAACAGUCUUACCUGCUUUCCUGCAAAACCAGAGCUAUUCUGCUUUUCAAAGAGGGGAAGAGAACCCCACCCAGCCUGGUAACAUAACCCUGCCACAACACUGCAUUGAGUAGGGAGGUUGUUAACGAAGUGGCAAGUUUGGGAUAUGUGAAUGUAGGUCAAAAUGGACGCAUAUUCAUUUAGAAGGGUUAGUGGAUUUUUCCUACGAAAGUGUAAGAAAAAGCUAUAUUAAAAUCUUUAAGGUAUUUUUGAUAUGAUGUAGUAUUAGUUGCAGAUCUCGUUUGAUGGGAGGAAAGCAUAUUACUUGAAUUUAUUGAUUUUGGAUUGGUCUGAUCAGUUAGACACUAGAUCAAUAUUGGUUUAAUUGCAAUUGUAUUUAAUCCUGAAAUCUGCAAAUAUAAUAUUCUUGAAACAAUAUUCUUUUCACUGAGAUAUGUCUUUCUUCAAAUACUAAUAGAACCUUUUGUCAGUGAAAAAUAAUAGUAUUUUCAGGUCAGCAUAGCUUGUGCAUAGCUGUCAUUUGCAUUGAUUAACUAUGUACUAAAUAAACAGCCAUUGUCAUGCAGAAAAACA